AUGAACUCCAUGCAAGGCAGCUUCCCCCCGGAUAACGACCGAAGACCCUUUAAGUGCGAGAUGUGCUCCAGAGGGUUUCAUAGACUAGAACAUAAGAAGAGACACGUGAGAACACAUACAGGCGAGAAACCGCACAAAUGCUCCUUCCGAGGCUGUCCGAAAGGCUUUAGUCGAAGCGAUGAACUGAAGAGACAUUUGAAGACGCAUGCAAGGACUACUCAAAGGCUGCCACGCAAGCGGAAAUCUAAAAGCCUUCAAAGGGUUGCUGCGGACACUACGGUCUCCGCUUCUACGACUUUCAAUGACACCAGUGGAACUUUGGACACUAGCACAGGCCGCUCUGAAAUUUCGCCUAUUAUUGUUUCGGUUGCUCAGAACUCCAGUAGUUUGGAUAGACGAACGUUCAAUAAUGGUUACGGUGUUGUGAAAACACAAACACCAGGGACUCUGAUUCCAGUAGUAGGCAUUCAAACAAGUUCUCAUCUGGUUCCAGCGGGGCAUCUGAUUCCGAACAACCACUCCAGCACGUCUGUGACCUCUAUUAUGUCUAUGUACCCUUCGACUUCUUCACUUCAAUACCUAAACAAUGGGGAUUCUAACAGCUGUGCAUCCAUACCGUAUAUGGAGUUAUCUAGCAGCUCUUUGGCAUUAAGUGAGCUAUCUUCAGAGUCCUCCGUGUUUUCGAAAUCUCGGACAACCUCGACUGCCCUGAGUAGUCUCGAUUCGUUAGCCAAUUCUAGAAAUCAAUCGAGUACCUCGCUGCUUUCGCAAACCUCGCUGCCACCGAAGCAACUCGCUAGACCAUUAUCAACAACAUUGAGCCCUCUACAAAAAGUAAUACCGGCCAUUAGUGCAGAGGAAACUGAAAUCGUAAGACCCAUAUCCGCUUCAAGCAGUUCAACUUCCUUCACCUCUUCUGUAUACGACGACACAACGGCCAAGCAUAUGGGCAUGGGUCUGUUUAUAGACAACUCACAGACAGCACACGACGCUUACAGGAGUGGUCACAUGCACACAGCAAGAACGGUCUCCAGAGGAAGGCUACAUGCGAGAGCGGAAUUUCACAUAUCCGGAGAUGAAGAGGACAAUAGAGUCUCCAAUUCUGAAUCAAGAGAACCAGCUACAAUCCCUAAAAUAUCGUUGCCACCCAUAGGGUGCAUGUUGCAGCAAAUCGACAUCUUCAACAAUGAUGCCCCUACUAUCGCUAAAUACUAA